AUAAAUACAUGAAAAAGUAGACGACGACAAGCAAAAAGGUUACCAGAUGCAGUGCCGGCCCCGGGUAAAUUACAGCCGGUGGUCAUGUUGGAUACUACCCACGAGAUUGCAAUUUACAUCCAUAGGUUUCAUAACCUUGAUCUUUUCCAGCAAGGAUGGUAUCGACUCAAGAUUACAGUCAGAUGGGACAAUGAAGCAUCUACUUCUCUCGCUACGCCUUCCAGAGUCUUACAAUAUGAUGCUCCAAACUUGGGUUGUGAGGCUGGUGGAUAUGGAGUAUGGAAGAUCGAUGAAAAAGAUAACAGUUUUGCAACGCAGCCUUUUCGAGUCAAAUAUGCAAGACAGGAUGUUCUUUUAUUUACCAUAGUUGCAUUUGAUUUACCUCUUAAGGAAAAAGAGGUAGGCAAUCUCUCCUUGCUCAUAUCCACAUGCGCAAACAUCACACUCCCUUUAGCCGGAGAGUAGAGCACAUAAAUUGCAGAACAUACUCU